AUGGCACGAAUAAAACAAACUCCUUCACCUUCCCAUUCAGAAAAGAAUGAUGAGUCGUCUGCUGAUGAGGAAGAGGAAGAGCAUCAUGAAGGUUCUCCAAGCGGAAAUACACCUCCUCGGUCUCCAACACCAGAGGAUGUCGUUAAUGAUUCUAUUCCCACUCCACCUCCACCUCCACCUACAUCCCAACCUUCUUCUACAAUUGCUCCACCACCGCCUGUCAGCUCUACUCCUAUUACUACCGCUCCAUUACCACCUCCUAUCUUUUCCCAAGCAACUUUCACCACCACACCUAUCAUCACCUCUACCACCGAUUCAUCAGUAAAAGUCAACACAUCUGAUGUGGGGGCGAAGACUGAAGAUCCUCCUAAAGUCACAACCAAACCAAUUUACCAAAAUCCCUCCAGUGAUUCUAAUCCAGUUCUUGGAGGAGCAGAAUUUGAGUUUGAUUCUACUUACUAUAGUCCAUACAGAAUCCAAAGUGAUGAGGAUGAAUUUGCUCUAGUGACCAAGCAAUAG